GGGAAAGUCCAAACUUCAUCUGUUCAUGAUCUGAAAUAAAAGUAAAUCAUUGUAACCAAGCCACCACCAUGGAUUUUGGAUUGUGCAGUUUGGUAGAAUAUGCCAUAAUAGCCAUCAUUAUUGUGCAAAUCUACCGAUUGAUCAAAGCUGAUGGAGAUUUGACGUUAAUGUGGGCAGAAAAAUUUGGUAGCAAGCCAUGUGCUCUAAGUGGAGAUGUAGUUUGGAUCACUGGGGCCUCAAGUGGAAUAGGGGAAUACCUAGCAUAUGAACUAGCAGCUGCUGGGUGUAAACUGAUUCUCUCAGCCAGGAGAGUUGACGAAUUAGAACGUGUGAAGAAGCAAUGCAUUAUGGGAGGCCCAUUGCGCGAGGAGGAUAUCUUAGUUUUGCCACUUGACAUGAGGGAGUUCUCUACACAUAAGGAUGCAGUAGACAUUGUACUGAAACACUUUAAUAGGAUUGAUGUUCUUGUGAACAAUGCCGGGAGAUCCCAGCGUGCGCAGUGGGACAAGAUCGAGAUUGAGGUAGAUCGGCAGAUGUUUGAGUUAAAUGUACUCGGGGUGGUGAACCUGACCCGAGCUGUCCUGCCACACAUGUACGAGAAAAAGAAAGGACAUAUUGUUGUCACUAGCAGUGUAGCUGGAAAAUUAGGUGCACCAAUGUCUGGCACAUACACAGGUACAAAGCAUGCCAUACAGGGCUACUUUGAGGCAUUGAGGGUAGAGGGCGCUGAACACCAGAUUGACAUCACCCUUGUAUGCCCAGGGCCAGUGUUUUCAGAGCUUUUACAACAUUGUUACACGGACAGUAAAGACAAAGAGUUUGGUCAAGACAUGGAUCCAUCUACCGAAAAUAGGAUGACGACAGCAAGGUGCGCUGAACUGAUGGCCAUCGCCAUGGCAAAUAAAUUAGAUGAGGUGUGGAUCUCUACACAUCCUGUCCUGCUAUUUAUCUACCUCUUCCAGUACUUUCCCUGGUUUGCCAGAAAAAUUGGGAAAAGAAUUGGGCUGAAAAGACUUGCAAAAUUGCGUGAAGGUCGCGGAGGAGCUAAAUAGACACUGCUGGGUGACACAACAAAUAGCCACUGCAAGAUGACCAAGAAAUAGACACCCUAGCUAUAUAAUAAAAAGACACAUCAAAUAGACAGAGUCACACUUUAAAUAUACAGUGACACAACAAAUAGACAACAGACUGACACUUAAAUUGCCAAUGCAUGUGGACACUUAACUUAGGAUUGGUUGACACUUAACUUAGGAUUGGUUGACACUUAACUUAGGAUUGGUUGACACUUAAAUCAGGAUUGUUUCACUAUGUAUGGUCAUCCUUUCCCACCAUCUUUCAAAGGUUAGUGUAAUGCAUGUUUUAUAAUGGACUUUUUCAUUAUAUACUGAAUCAUUCCCACCUACGAGGGUUGAUCAAACAGUUUAUCUCACUUCCAACAGUGUUUUGGAAGUCCAUUCAUGGGCUUUCAACUAGCCCAUGGUCCAUUCAAAACUUCUAAAGGUGAUCCAAAUAUGUUAAAUGCAGUACACUAUUUUUACACUUAAACAAUAUAUUUGUUUAAAUUUUAUAUAAGAUAAAUAUAUACAUAAUAUAUAUGCAAACAAAAUCCUAAAUUUUAAUUUUGUCCUUUAAGGCAAUUUAUUGAAAACAUCACUGGGUACAUUUCUCCAUUCAUGUCUUUGACAUGUGACCUACUUUUGUGCGGAUUACAUUCAGCUUCAUUCUCAUUUUAAUUAUAACAUGCGACUAUGCAAUUUUUUGUUCAAUUUCAAUUUUGACACAAAACAGUAUUAUUAUUCAAUAUGUCUUAGUUUCAUUAGACAGCUACAAUAGUCAAUUUUUUAUUGAAGAGUUUGUCAUUGUAAUUAUUUUCACCCUAAUAUGGGCAUAUAAAACCUGAUUUUUUGUAUGAAUAAAUUAUGUUAAUGAGUUAGUAGAGGGUUAAUUUAUUGGACCAUGACAGCCUCGUUAUGGAAUCAAUUUACAUUUCAUGAUUUGAUUUUGGUUGUAUCUAACAAGAUUUGUCUGAUUUUUUUUGUUAAAUUAGAGAUACAUUUAUAAAAAGAGAUUCUUGAAAAUCAAAAAUAUGUAAAAAGUUGAAAGAUGUGUAGUUCUACAAAUCAGACAAAACUUGUUAAGAAAUGCAAGUCAGUGUUAGUUUUCUAACGGGAUCUAAAUGACACUCAGCAAUAUAUUUAUCUGUCACUGAACAUUUGAUACAUCCCUCGAAUAUUCAACUGAUUUAAUACUGGGUAAAAUCCCUUAUAAGGCAGUCUAAUAUGUUCCCAUAUAUGGACACCAGUCAAGCAAAAAUGUUUAACUCAAUGAGACUUUAGUGAAAACAGAAGCCCCUAAAGACGUCAAAACGCUGUUGAAAUCUGUUAUUUUUGAUUGUUUUGUGGUAAACCGCAAUUAUGUGGAGGUUGUAAGAGAGCUGAAAACAGUCUGCAACAUGUUGAUUUGACCGCAAAGUACUCUCGCAAGUGCCGCCCUGGGGAUUCUAGUUCUUACAGGUACAACCAUACUGAAAAAUUUACCUCCGCAUUCUUAACAUAUUUAGAAGACCUGAUGAACAGAUUUUUCCAUCAGUUUCCAAGUAAAAGGAUUUGGCAGACGAUUUUUAACCAAAUUACUAAAUCAUCUUUUUACGAUUUGCCAAUUUAGAAGCUCUUUGAUGAUUUAUAACCAGGUUAUAGAACAUUAAUUUUCUUGUUUUUGCCAUUAACUAGAUUAGGAUUUUGAGGAAGACAAUUUAUCAUGUUAAAAUGCCUAAAAUACAACAUUUAUAGAACAUAGGAAUUACUAAAGCUUUGCUUAUCCGAUUAUCUUUGCUUCAACUCAAUUUACAAUUUUACAAUUGGCAAAUAAAGUCGUUUGAAAAAUAAUGAAGACUUCAAAUGUUUUUCUGAUUAGUUUGUUCUAUUCCCCAAGCUCUGUCCUUGGAUUACCUCCCUUAAACCCGGCGCCCCC